AUGGAUGAAGAACAAUGCUCAACGGUUAUGGAUGUCAUAGGCAACUAUGGUAAAGCAUCCGGUCAGGAAGUUAAUUUGGAUAAAUCAUCGAUUAUGUUUGGUAAAAAAGUGCCUUCAGAGGUCAAGGACAAGGUAAAAACUGUCACUGGAAUUUCCAAUGAAGGGGGUAUGUGCUCCUAUUUGGGAAUUCCUGAGAGCCUUGGAGGUUCGAGAGUACAAGUCUUCGGUUACGUUCGAGAUAGGUUGAAUGACCGGGUUAAUGGUUGGACAGCAAAACUUUUAUCUAAGGGAGGGAAGGAAGUUUUAUUAAAGUCGGUGGCCUUGGCAUNGCUGUGCACUUGCAGUAGGAAAAUAGGGUUUAAAACUCUGUGUAUCACUGAUGCCAAAGGUGCAAGUGCCUAA